GCACGCAGGCAGCCCUCGUAGCGAACAGCCAGCAAGGACUGCGGCUGAGCUGGCCUCCCCAAAUUGUGCUGCCCUGCAGCUCCUGGGGGGCUGAUAGGCAGCAACCCUUUUUAAUCUCAGAUAGCACCUAUCAAUACAGCAAAAUGACCUCACAUUUUCCCACGUGCAAUGAAGUCACAAGCUUUUCCCUUUCCAAGUAAUGAUAACAGGCUCCUGCAGAAGUAUGGCGAUGACGAGUUCAGAGAGCAAGACCCCAUCAGCCUGGCAGCCGAUCACCCAACCGGGACCUGAGCCUGGGCUGCUUGGUGCAAAAGGCAUUCAUCGUGCAGCCUGCCUCACAUUAUGCUAUUACGUGGGAACUAAGUGACAUCCCAGAGAAACAGACUCCUUCUGGGUGUCACUUGAAGCCUGCUCGCCUUCCCUAAAAGCCUCUUCCCUUUCGUCCUGAGGCCGCGCUGAAACUGUGGCGCUGUGGCCACUCGCCCUCACGCUCCCCCUUUACUUCUCACUUUCACUCCAAUUGGUUUCACGUUCCCUUUGCCAUGAGGAAAAGCUUUCAAGCUCAUCCAGCCCGGCAGCAGAGUUUAUCCUGGUUCCACCCACUGGGACUUUCCUAGCUUCCUCCUACACGCGAGGGGAAAAAAAGGCAGAGGGAGGCAGGCAGCAGGCACCUCGGGGAGCUCGAUGAGCCGCGGUGCUCCCUUCCCUGAGCUAGGUUUCUAUUGUAGGCGGUGCAUUCCUCGGGAGGGAGGGUGUGCGUGUGUCGGUGCCUUCCCACACUCGGGGCAGCUCUUAUUUAAUGGGGGUCUCCAUGCAGGGCAGAAGCCAGAGGAGAUUUUGCCGUUGCCAGCUCCCAGGCAGGCUCAGCGGCAGCUCACAUGUCAAGUGCCGGCAUGGACCGCGGGUCUGAGAUAACCCUGGAGGAGGAGGCUCCGGUGAUCGGCCAAGCCUCCAGGAUGCACCUCAAGGAGGACUUGAGGAGGAUACGAUGCGCCGUGCUGCUGUGCCUGCUGGCCGUGCUGCUGCUGGCAUUGCCCACCGCCUACCUGCUGGUUGGAAACCUCCGAGCCCCCACCUCCUGCUCCGGCCAGGUCGCAGACGAGAGGGCAUCUCACCUUCUGAAGCAGCGAGCAGUAGAAACUAUUACAGAUACAAUUCCCAGUGCAGAGAAGCCAAGAGCGCACCUGACAGUGAAGAAACAAGACCUUGCCAGCACCAUGGGAAACCACCUGCCAAUCCUGCAGUGGGAAGACAAGCAAGGCUUGGCCUUUACCAAGAACAACCUGAGUUAUUUCAGCAACUCACUGGUGAUACCUGUGUCUGGGGACUACUAUGUCUAUGCUCAGGUCACUUUCCGAGGGCCCAUUGAAAGUUCAGGGAAAGCAAAUUCUGUCACUGCCAUCAUCACCAAAGUCACCGACAGCUACCCCGAGCCCACCCAGCUGCUGACCAGCACAAAGACCCUCCGUGAAGAAGGGAACAGCUGGUUCCAGCCCAUUUAUCUGGGAGCCGUGGUCUCCUUAGAAGUAGGAGACAAGCUGAUGGUCAACGUUAGCGACAUUAAGCUGGUGGAUUACACUAAGGAGCACAAAACCUUUUUCGGUGCCUUUUUACUGUAGGUCUCUGGCAGCAGCUGGUGGGGGCUGACGUGACCCUGCUGGACUCUGGUUUGGUGGGGGAGCGUUGGGGUGCUGGUCUCUGUGCUGUUCUCCUUCUGUACUGUCACUCACCUGCAGCACUCUCUGCAGCCUUAAAUUAAGGGGUAGGGAAAGCUGGAGCUGCAGGCUGAAUUGAAACAAAGCAAAAAAACUCCAGAAAAAUGCAAGUCAGACUAGGGGAAAAUAGAAGGUUUUGAAAGCAAAAGCUAAGUGCUCUUCAAAACUUUGUAUGCUGGGGAGGGACCUGUUACAUGUGUUGGAUAGGCCUAUUUAUCCUGAAUACUACAGCUAGGCUGCAUCACUAACUCUUCUUGUAAUAUACAAUUUCCUCUUCUCAACAAAAAAAAAGGGUUUUAAACUUUCCCCAGCACUUCCAGUAUAGUUUUGCAUUACCUCAGUUCAGAUUCUCAGUUCUAAAAGGUAAUUACUUUUUGUCAUUUCCUUACAAAUAGAUUUGCUCAGUACUUUGCACUAAUAUAAAACACACAUUAAUCAUUAACUGCUUAAUUAACCCCUCCCAACUUCCCUGUAAAGUAGAUUAAAAUUAUAUUGCGUUUUGCAGAAGCUACCUGGUUAUUUUUUUUUCCAGGAAAUUGUUUACAGUUAUGUAAGUUAAUAUGCAGGCAUAAGCCUUUAUGUAAAACUUCUAGGGAACAUGCAGAAAUGCUUUCUGUUUCACCAUGACAGCGGAAUCCCCCUGUCAGAUCCUAACAUUAGGAAAACAGAAAAAAACAAGGCAGAGGCACGCAACAAAAUUUUCUGCACUAUUUAAAAUCAAGCACUGAAAUUUCAAGAGAAACCUUCUGCAAUAUCUGGUUUUCCAAUCCGUUUAAUGCAAAGCAAGUGCAACUAAAGAAAUCACUGCCUUGGUGCUCUCCCCCCUUUGCAACCACUGCUACAGCAGUCCACAAAACACAAAGGACUCCCCAGCCUUGGCCUGGGUGAGGGCUGCCAACCAGCAGCCCAUACAAAAGGUUCUCAGAUCCAAAGACAAGAUCAUGGUGUGCCACAGCCAGGUGCAGAGCUCAGGAGCACUCAGCUUUCCAUCUCACACUUUUUUCAUGGACUUGCUGUCUCUCAGGGAAAUUCCGCAGCUUUCCUUCUCCUCCCGCAAUAAAUACAUCACUGACAAUGACUCAGGUCACGUUCCAGUAGAUGCAAGCUUCACACUCUUAACUGCCCAGAGGUCUCACACCUGAGCACCGACCACGCAGCUGUUCUGCAGGGGCUGGCUGGUGGCCAGGCUUUACUCACUGCAGCUCUUUUUUUUUUUUUUUUUUUUUUUUUGCCUUACCUCAUUGGGCUCCCUCUCUUUUCUACUUCUUGGUCAGAAGCAACAGCAAGGUGUGAUUCCCUAGCGAUUGCUUCCACCCAAAGCCGUGGCAGGGCCCAAAAGCACACUGUUAGUGCCAGGGAGGCACCAAGGCUGGAGGACCCACGGGACUGGGGACAGCGGCUCGCAGGGCUUAAGUGGGCAGAGGAGCUCUCUGUUGGAGGCAGCCCAGCUACAAAAGACCACAUGUGUCAUUGCAGCCUGACCAGCAGUGGGCUGCUUUGGCCACAGCAAGCCUCUUCCAAGCAGAGACAAUUUAUUGCUAUCUAAAGAUCUGUUUGAACUGAGAAGGCAAAGCACAACUGAAGCAUAGAGAAGGGCCAAGCCGAUUAGGGUAUGAAGGGAAGAGAGAAUGAAGGCAGAGAGGUGGGAAAUCCAGGCAAUAUCUGGGUCUCUUCACGGCUUGGGUGUAAGUGCUUCUGGGCUGACAGCAUGACUAUGCUUCUUAAUCCUAGCAGAUCUUUUAUGUAGUAAAUCAUCUCAGAAAAGUAAGUUUUUUGACCAUCCUUCCCUAUUCUGCAGUGCCUCGGUCCCAUAGUAGGUUCUCAGUCACCCUUCACUGUUUUAUCUACACCGAGGCAAUAUUAAACACAGUAUUAAAAGCUAGGAUGUUGGCAUCUUGCCUUGCUCUUCUUUCCUCAGCAGAUGUCUUUCUUGCUUCCUGCUCCUUGGGUCCAGGCAUCAGGUGUUGGUCCACAGUGCAGUACAGCCUACCUAGGACACCUUGACAUUGCCGCUGCAUCAAAACCCCCUUAGAUUUUAGCUUCUCAUCUUUUCUUUGACUUGUCCUUCGCUUUCCCCACACCCACAUCACAGCUGUCCUCUUGAUCCAUUUCUCCCUCAGGCACCUUUUUUCUUUCUUGGCCCUAUCCAUUAGUUAUAAGGACACCUCUUUGUCCAAAUCUAAAUUUCUACACACAACUCCUCUCUUAUAAUCAUCCCAGUGCACAGAAAACUGCUAUUUGAAAACAGAUUGAGACAGCAGAAAGUAAAGGUAGUGUACCUGCUAGUAGCUGCAAAUGCUCUUAGCCAAAACAGCCUGUAAUUCUUUUACUAGCUAGAUUCACUUCCAUUUUUAAACUAGCUCUUGGAGACAAGAAGAGUUAUUCCAUAUGUAUCCACUCAGCACCUAGCACGCACUCUGGUCUUGCUACUUCUCAGAAAGAGUAACUCAUCAUUCACCACCUUGGCAGGGCUGUUCCUACUGCUCAGAAAUCCUGUUUUUUUCCCUUCACACCAUCAUAAAAUGUGGUGAGAUCACAAGUUCAGGAAAAGGUUGUUCUCAGGGAAACCCUAAGACUUGCCACUUAGAUUUUCUCAAACAUUCUCUCAGCACCCCAUAUUGAGUCCUUCUGAGCUUCCGAUCCCUUAGUUGUGUUGUGUGCCCAAAAUACGAUCCAAAUUCAUGAAAACAUGACAUUUGCAGGCCUUGCAGACCACCACAUGGAGGCACUUAAGGUGACUAGCACACCUAAGAAUGUGGCAUAUCUCAUAAAGAGGAGGCUUAAGUGACCUCUCCAGGACAGGUGAUUCUCAACAAUUAGGUGUGAAAGCUUUUAUAAAGUUAUAGAGGAUGAAUUUGAUGUAUCCUUGGAGAAAAUUGGAGUGCAAAUUCUAGCUAUACUAAGACAGUUACAGAAAUUCAGAAAGCUCUUUGCUUCAACAAAUGAGAUAACGCAGUAUUCUUCUGAGGUGAUAGGGGAAUCCUGAUAGGCUUGUAGAGCAGAUUUCCAUAAAAACUAUGCCUAAAGUCAUCAUCACUGUUGCACUGAAAUAGUAAAUACAAGUUCCAGGGAACAGGAAUUGUGCAUGCAGUAUUUAACAUAUAAUAAAAGAACCUUCUAGGGAAUACAUACACAUGUUUAUAUAUUUAUAUAUAUUCCAUACAAGUUUUAGGAAGUGCUUUGGCAAUAAUGAGCCCUUUCUCUAACUAGGUACAUCAUUUUUGUCCACUGUACACUGAUGAUAAAUUUCUCAUAGCAAGCUCUCCUACCCCAUUACUUACAUCAGCUUCUAGCAUGUUUAGCACAGUAGCACACUUUAUAUAUAUCGUAAAGUAAUUUAUCUGGCAUUACUUGUUUUAAAGUGGUGCAGGUAUAUUAACGUGCACACAUCUGCUCCAGUAGAAAUUCUCCCUUUCUCCCCCUUACCUCCAUACAGUGCUAAUAUUUCUGUAAUAGUGACUAGCAAGUAUAAUAGCAAUCACGUGGGCUGAUUCUGACCCAGGGACUCCACAGAAGCCAGUAGCACCACCUCAGAAUAAAGCUGCUUAAGACAGAAUUCAGGCUCAACGAGAAAUAUCACAAGUAGACUGAACCCAAGUUGCAAGAGAUCUGAUUUUCCCAGAGCUAAAUAAGGAUAGAAGUGUUCUCAGAAAAUCACGUUUAUUGAGUUAGAAAAUUUCUUUAAUGUAAAUCAUUUCUGGAGAUGUGAAAAUGCAUAUACAUCAGCAUUUUCAAUUGAAUGAGAAGAUGAUGAAAUCAGGCCUUGUGAAAAAGUGACCUUUCAGUUUGUGGUCAGACUGAAAAUGUUUUGUUUUGGGUGGAUGUGAAACUAGAACAGUUAUAAGAAAAACUCCAAGCUGGAGGAAUAGGGUUCAAGUAGGCAGCUCGUGCUACAUUAACUAAAAUAAUUACCUGAUUACAGAUUUUUGACCCUUUCAUUUUCCAGUAAAGGAGAUAUUUAACCACUACACAGAACAAAGACAUUGAAAGAAAAAUAAACUUUUUCUUUUAUUUUUUUAAUAUGAAGUAUGAUCAAAAUAUUUUUGUUCUUAGGAAUUUUGUUCUUCCCCAAUCACUUUGAUCUCCAAAAAGCUAACACUAAAUAUAACCCAAAUUCAUACAAUGGUUCACUUACCUACUGCUUCCUUUACCCUUAGAAACUAAUAAUAAGCAUUAACUCUCUCUCUGUAUAGAUAUCCAAGUAAAUUUAAAUCAAGCUAUAAAGGAUUACAGCUCCAAUCUUACCAGCAUACGCUUUACUUAGUCUUGAGCAUGUGCCUAAAAUGGGUGGCACUGUAAAAGCAAGCACAGUUUUCCUAUCUGGUGUAUGGAAGGAGUAAAAUCAAAUUAAAAACAAUGUAAAUGUUUCCCCUGUGUUUACCCUGAACUGCACCAUUAUAGGAGUAACCCCCCAAAUAAGGAGCACUCACAGAGACCAUCAUCAGCACAUGUAGGUUGCCAGGAUUAGGGUCUAGAGGUGGAAAGUUAAAGGUCAUGUUCCUUAGUAAAACAUGACCCAAAUAACAAACAGUAGGCUGCUGAGAUGAUUUUGGACAUCACAGUUUAGCGGAUGUCAUCUUGAGUAGACCCCCAGAAGGAAGGGAUGCAACAAGUCUGUAUCAAAGUGCUGCACAGACCAAGUGGGAUGGAUUAAGCUAUUACUUGUGAUUUUCAAUACAGAUAAACCAUAUUUUGAAAAAUUGCCAUUUUUGAACUCUGUAUAACUGACCACAUUGUGCUCUGUGUUUAUUAAACUCCUGGGUGGCCCAUCAUUUCAGAUGAGAAAUGAGGAGAAAAUUCGUUCUUUAGAAGAAUCUGACUGCAUCAAGAAUUUUUGCCCAAAUCUGGGUAUUAAGCACCGGUAUAGCAUUUUGCUACUGUAAUGUAUUUUCAUUAAGUGAUUGUAUAUUUUCUUAUGCUUCUGUACUGAUGUUCACUUUUACCAGUAGAACAGGCUUAAUUUUUUGGUUUCUAAGUUUUAUGAUAAUAAAAAUUCAAGUUAACUUAUGUGAGAGCUUCUGAUCCUGGCCCCCUUCCAAAGACACCAGCCCACCCAACUGCACACAUAAAGGUGAUCAGCUAAUAAAGCCAAACACCCAUGCUGCUGUGUGUUAAUCAUUGUCAUUGCAGUUAGCAAUCCUGCACUAGAGUGAACUCAAAUGUUUUUCUUAGCCCCAGGAGUUAACAGGGCUUCCCUUUCGAAAGACAAAACAAAAGUUGACCAGAUUUUCUUUUUCAUUCAUUUUUCCCCUUUGCAGUGUGGGAAACAGCUGGUUCCUUUUUUUUUUUUUUGUCAUUUCUUAGUAUAUUUUGAAGAAAGCCCUGUGGAAAAACAAUGCUCAUCAGACACUGCAUCACAGUCCUGAGUCAGGGCCCAAAGCUGAGCAGACAAGGGAGAUGGAAACCACUGUCUUCCAGCCAGCUUAGAAAAUCAUCUCCUGACAAAAAAAAAAAAAAAAAAAAAAAAAAAAAA